AUGGUUGAAAGUUAUGUUGAGGCCCUAGUACUCUCCUCUUCAACCCCCCGACGCGCCUUACCGGUACCGCUUGUCAGCGUGUUCCCAACUACAUCGCCUACCUCUCAUACCCUCACCUUGGUGGCCCAGGAAGGUGAACGAACAAACAUAACCGACUACCUCCUGAAGAGCAACUCCCGUCUCAUCCUGUUUACACCCCCUGUCGUCGUCAACAUUCCAAAAUCAGCGUCCUUCUCGCAGACACCCCAACAAUCCGCACUGCCGCAGGACGUGCCGCAGGACAGGACAUUGUCGCUUUUCUGGGUGUACUCGAUCCCAGGAAUUGGCCAGAGUGCUUACAGCAGGUCGUCAACAUGCUCGGUUCGCCCAAUAUUCAGUAUUCGACUCCCGCAGAACGCCAAGUUGCGAUCGCAUGCGGUCGCCUGUCUCUCUUACUUCGUCCCCAUCGUGUGCACGUUCCUCUUCACCCACACCGACACUUCGUUGCCUAUCUUUUCAAGCGGGAUUCCGACGACCCCGGUGGCUGGCGGCACGCGUGCCAUGAUAUCAUCGGGCUCCUCGUCGCACGGCCCCGAGAUGCUCAUGCCGGGGAUGGCCAGCAUUGCCGAGUACCCGGUGCAUUCGACGAAGGACAAGAAAGCGAGCGUGACACUCAAAGCCUGCGAGUUCUGGCUCACGUUUGCCAAUGGCCCGGACCUUGCCCGAUACCUGCUUCCCCUUCUUCCCUGCUUCGCUCUCGCUCUUCUCGACCACAUGGCCUGCGGAAAAGGCGAGUUGCUGUGGUUGGGAGGCGACGCGGAGGACAACACCUCCCACGGUUUCGGGCGUAAUCCCGCUGAGAGCCAGGCCAACGAAGAGGAUACGAAGCGCGGAGCAAACGGCGAAGAGACAAUCGACAACGACGAUGAAGAUCAUGUUAUGGAUAAAGACCAGUUCGCUGACGAAAUGCCAACGGAGGGGAAUGUCAACAAAUGCGCGGUCGCCGCUCUCGACGUUCUCAUGGUAAUAUUUAGGGCGAAUUUGAUAAAUGUCCUUCUCGAUCCACUCAAGGUGAAGGUGGAGAGCGCGGAGUGGAUGGAACGGGAGAGUGCAAAUUUAGCUUUUUGUGUGAUGGCCGAAGGUGUGUAA